AUGAGCAAUUCCGUUAGCAGAAAGCCUGCUGCUACAUCUGACACCUUUUAUUUACCCUUCGUAGAUGGGGCCAAGGCCGAAACCAAUGGAAGACCGGUACGCCAAUUACUUCGACAAGCACUUCGCCCCUCCGUUGUCGAGAUGAUCGCUUCCCGGCCGGUAUGGCCGGAAAUGAAUGGAAUAAGUGUUGAUUAUGAUUGCAAAGCUCACGAAGAAAAAGAUGGUCACGACUAUCACGACAAUUAA